AUGAAGGAGUACUUUGAUAUGGGACAUAUGCGAGAAGUGACGACCGAAGAAGAAUUGUUUAAAAAGGGAUACUAUUUACCACAUCAUCCGGUGCUGAAGUCUUUGAGUCUUACAACCAAGACACGAGUAGUUUUCUAUGGUUCAGCAAGAACUACAUCCGGAUUGGCACUAAAUGAUGUACUCAUGCGUGGGCCUACUGUCCAAGAGGAUAUUUUCUCAAUUCUAGUUAGGUUUCGGAAACAUCAGUACGUAAUCACGACUGAUAUCGAAAAAAUGUUUCGGCAGAUAAUGAUAUCGCCAGAGGAUUGUCACUUACAAAGAAUACUUUGGCGUGCAAAUCCAAGUGAAAUGCUCCGAACCUACAAUCUGUUGACAAUUACAUAUGGUACGACACCCGCAUCCUUUAUGGCCACGCAAUGCUUAGUUACGCUCGCUGAAGAAAUAGAAAAGGAGAAUCCAAAGGUGGCAGAAGUAAUAAGUAGAGACUUCUAUAUGGAUGAUCUUAUGACAGGUUGUGAUACGGUAGAAGAAUGUAUGCAGUUACAAAAGCAUAUAACCGUCAUUUUGGAAUCCGCAAAGCUACCGUUAAGAAAGUGGUGUUCGAAUUCGCAUUUAAUCAUUGACAACAUAAGUGAGAACGAUAAGGAUCCUCUUUUCGUUUUAAAUUUAGGUGACGAGGAUACUGUGAAGUCAUUAGGUCUAUGCUGGCAACCAUCACUUGAUCAGUUUAAGUUUAAUAUUGCGAUUCCGUUAGAUAGAGUAACGUUGACUAAGAGAAAGUUGCUAUCAGAGCUAAAUAGGGUGUUUGAUCCAUUAGGAUUCUUGGGUCCAGUGCUCAUCAAAGGAAAGAUUUUUCUUCAACAUCUCUGGCAGAAAAAAAUUGAUUGGGAUGCACCACUACAAGCAGAUAUCCAAGAAAAGUGGAGAAAGUACUACUCUGGACUGGAGUUACUUAAGGAGCUUUGUAUUCAUCGUAAGUGCAAGUUCCAAUCUGGUGACCAAUUGGAAGUGCAUGGUUUUUGUGAUGCGUCAAUAGAAGCGUACGGAGCUUGCAUAUACAUACGGAGUUUAGAUCAUCAAGGCACAUGGCAAUCACGGUUGCUUUGUUCAAAAACCAGAGUAGCGCCACUCAAGUCAACUACAAUUCCAAGACUAGAGCUAAGCGGAGCACUUCUCUUAGCUCAGUUAGCAGCUAAGGUAGCAGACUCUUGGAGCAUAAAGUGUGAAGCUAUUCAUUUGUGGACGGAUUCAAUGAUAGUUUUGGGGUGGCUCAACAGCCAUUCAUCACGAUUAAAGACGUUCGUAGCUAACCGUGUUAGUCAAACUCUAGAGCUAACAAGAGCUAAACAGUGGCAUUAUAUACCAACAAAUGAAAAUCCAGCCGACGUCCUUUCUAGAGGAACAACAGCGCAAGAGUUGCAACAAGCAAAUGGUUGGUGGUUGGGGCCACAUUGGCUAUCAAAAGAUACAUUAUCGUGGAGCAAGGAAGAUGAUCUUGAACAGAUACCAGAAGAAGCACUACCAGAGCUUAGAACCAUGCAAUUGAGUCUGGUUGUAGUACAGCAUAGAAAUGCAUUGCUAGAUAAGCAUUCAGAAUGGGAGAAGUUAACUCGCGCAACAGCUUGGAUUUUGAAAUUUAUUGAGUUCUUAAGACUUAAGAAAUGUAUGAUAAAGAGUCUUAAGUAUCUAACAGCAUCAGAUCUCAAAAAGGCAGAACGAUGGUUGAUAAGAUGUGCUCAGAAGGAUGAAUUUGAAGCGGAAUUUAAAGCGCUAAGUAUUGGCAAGGAACUGCCAAAAAACAGUAAGAUACGAGGACUAUCCCCAUUUAUCAGUACAGACAAUAUACUUGUGGUUGGAGGAAGACUACAUCAUUCAACACUUUCAAAUGAACAAAAACACCCCAUAGUUUUACCAUUUGGUCAUAAGGUCACGCGGCUAAUUUUUAUAUACUAUCAUGAAGUACUGUUACAUGGAGGCCCCCAGUUGUUGUUAUCAGAAGUCAGACUUCGGUUUUGGCCUGUAAAGGGUAGAAUAAUAGCUCGUUCUACAACAUCACGUUGCGUUACCUGUAUUCGAGCCAAGCCUAAAUUUAAAAAUCCGAUCAUGGCUACCUUGCCAAGUACUAGAGUACGGCCUGCCAGACCAUUUGCGACAACAGGUGUUGAUUUUGCGGGGCCCUUAGAUGUUCGAAGUGGUAUACGCCGUGUCACAAGCAUAAAGACAUGGAUUGCAGUUUUUGUGUGUCUAGCUACUAGAGCUAUACAUUUGGAGCCAGUGGUUGGGCUUACGAGCAAUGCCUUUUUUGCCGCACUGCGACGGUUUAUGGCACGCAGAGGAAAAUGUUCAAAAAUGUAUAGUGACAACGCUACAAAUUUCGUGGGUGUUCAACGAGAAUUAGCAACCUAUCUGCAAAGUGUAGAUGCAAGUGUAGCCAAGGAAGGAAUAGAUUGGCAUUUUAACCCUCCAGGCGCCCCACAUUUUGGUGGAAUAUGGGAGAGUGCCGUGAAAAGUGCAAAGCACCAUCUGACUAGAGUACUUAAGGAUGCUAAGCUCACGUUAGAAGAGCUAGGUACUUUACUUUGUCAAAUUGAGGCAUGUUUAAACUCUCGUCCAUUGACCCCGUUAAGUUCUCAUCCACUAGACCUAGAGCCCAUAACACCAGCGCAUUUUUUAAUUGGGGGACCAUUGCUCCUGGUCCCAGAAGCUGAUUUAUCCAAUGAAAAUAUCAGCACAUUACGAAAAUGGAGAUAUGUGCAGGCCUUGAUGCAGACGUUCUGGAAAAGGUGGUCAAAAGAAUAUUUACCACAGCUUCAAGUUCGAAGCCGUUGGUUAGCUCAAACUGAGCAAGUAAAAAUUGGAGAUAUUGUUAUCAUCAAAGAAGAAUGUACGCCGCCAGGAAAAUGGAAAUUAGGAAAGAUCCUAAAAACUCAUCCGGGAAGUGAUGGUAUUGUACGAGUAGUUACAUUGAAAACAUCAAAUGGUAAUGAACUCAAACGACCAGUCGUCAAAUUAUCCCGUUUACCGGUAGAAGAGGAAGAUCAGAACUUUAAAAAUCAUAAUUUUCAAAGGGGGGAUAAUGUUUGCGCCGCCGCCGAUGCUCGCGCGAUUUAG